AUGAGCAGCGCAUCCCCGCCAGACAGUCAGUGCGGCUGUCCACAAGUGUGUGCUGCGGAGUCACUGAAUACUUCCCAGCGUUCAAGCGACCCGGCAAUUUCCGCUUCCGAAGUGGCCACGCUACCCUUGAGAGCCCCUGCUGCCCGACUGUGUCACUUGGUUCGUUCGCCCGACUACGACGGCUACGGUUUCAAACUGCUUACCGUCGAGCAGCUCUAUCUUCCAAGAGUGACCGCCGUGGAAUCCGGAAGUCCAGCGGAAGCUGCUGGCCUACGAGUCAAUGACACUGUCAUCGAGGUGAACGAUGCAAGCUUAGAAGGCCUCAAAAAUCAGGAAGUCGUGCAGCUCAUCAAGUCGAUGCCCAACGAGGCUCGCCUCUUGGUCGUGGACGACGAAACCGCGGCCUGGUACGAAAGACAAGACAUCGCCAUCCGCAGCAACCUACUGAAGAUCGUCCACGUGAACUCCGAAGCACCAGAGAGUAAGACGCGCAAGAAGCAGGACAGGAAGUCGUCGCUCAGCAGUCUCUCAUCGGGCAGCACGACGCCGAGCGAGCUUGCCGGCGGUCUCCGGUUGUGCCACCUGCGCAAGUGGCCAAACUAUGAAGGAUACGGGUUCAGUGUCCGAGAAGACAAAGAGCGCCAGGGCUACUUCAUCACAGGCGUUAUGCCCAACAGCCCGGCAGAGCUGGGUGGACUCCGCGAGGAUGACAGGCUCGUCGAAGUGAACGCGGUGUCGGUAGAGAACAAGAGCCACCAGGAGAUAAUGGGCCGCAUAGGAAAGGAGCCGGACCAAGUCGACUUGCUGGUCAUCGACCGCGAGACAGACGAGGCGUUUGCGAGCUGCAGUCAGAAACCCAGCGGCGAAACAGACGGCGUGCUUCGGCGCUGGACACCCGGCCGACCACCACGGCUGACCUCAAGGAAAAGCAAGAAACCGGUAUAACAGCUGUGGCCGUGGUAACCUGGCAUAAGCAGCCGCUCGUGGCUGAUGCAAUUGAAAAGCUCGUCUGCAGAAUGUACCGACUAAAAUACUGAGCGCUUCUUUUUUUUUUUUGCUUCGAACACUUCUUUAUUUUUUUUCAAGAAGCACACGAAAUAUACACCUAUAACGUCCUUACAAUUUUAUUAUCUGCCCAGUCAGAUAUCAUGUACAAGAAAAAUAAAACGCAGUUAAUUUAUUACAUAAUUCCAUUAUUCGCUAGCUUCAACCAUUA